AUGGUAGCCAAAAUGACGAAGCCAGACAUUCUUGUUCUAUAUGGGUCUGAAACAGGGACUGCUCAAGACUUUGCAUAUUCUUUAGCUCACAGAAUCCGUUAUUUAAAAUUAAAUCCUUUAGUAUGUUCCAUGGAUUCACUUGAUUUGGAGCUUUUAUUUGAAGUCAAUACCUUAUUAUUGGUCUGUUCUACAACAGGACAGGGACAACUUCCAAAAAACUGCAGAAAAUUCUUCAGGUUCUUAAUGCAAAAGAAAUUACCCCCUGACUUUUUUGAGCAUCUAAAAUUUUCGACUUGUGGGUUAGGAGAUUCAUCCUACGUCAUGUAUAACCUAGCGGCAAGGAAACUACACGCCAGGUUGAGACAACUUGGUGCUGUUGAAUUAUGCCCGAGGGUUGAGUGUGAUGAGCAGUCUCCUCAGGGCCAAGAAGCAUUUUAUGAAACGUGGGAAAAAGUGGUUUUUGAUGUUUUGAAGAAAAGGUAUGCUGAUAAAAUAAGUGUAAUACCGAGUGAUACAGUUUUGAGCCCUGUUCGCAAAUUAAAGGUUCUAGAGAAUCGAGAGGAGCUUAAAAUCGAAAAUAUUCCGUCGAUCGAACGUACCGAUCCACAAAAUAAAUUAAUCAAGAUAAAGCUCAAUAAAAUUGAGAGAAUUACAGAUGAAUCUCAUUUCCAGGAAGUUGUCCAUGUGACAUUAGGUAACUCUGAAACCCCCCUAAAGUAUAAGGUUGGUGAUUGUGUAUCUCUUUAUCCAGAGAAUGAUCCAAAAGAUGUCCAAUCAUUUAUCAAUUUGCAAGGGUGGAAUGAUAUUGCUGACAAACCGUUACAACUUGAUAUCCCCCCUCAGAUGGAUCCAGAUGGAGGCUGGGUCAAAAACAUGACUCUGAGAUCAUUAUUGACUUACCAUUUAGAUAUAAUGGCUGUUCCUCCACGAACUUUCUUUCAAACAUCGUGGCAUUUUGCGUCUGACAAACGUGAAUCUGAAAAACUGCAAGAGUUAGGGAAAUAUUCAGAAUCUGAGCAGUUGUAUAAUUAUGCAAAUAGACCGCAUAGAAGUAUAUUGGAAGUUGUUCAGGAAUUCUUUUCCUUAAAAAUUCCCCUUGAUCAAGUUUUGGAAAUAAUUCCACUAAUCAGACCAAGACAAUACAGCAUUUGCAACAUUCCAAAUUCUAGCACUGUAGAAUUGGCUGUGGCAAUUGUUGAAUACAGCACCAUCAUUCGUCGUGUGAGGAAAGGUCUAUGCACAAGUUGGUUGAAGAGGCUGAAAACCAGUGACACAAUCAUUGUAUCGCUGAGUUUGAACGAGCUUAAAAUCCCACGUUCUGAUAUGAUUUUAGUUGGCCCGGGUACUGGUAUCGCUCCAAUCAGAAGUAUUAUCCAACAAAAUGAUAUUAACCAUUCAAAGGGAAAUGAUGGACACGAGUAUUUACUAUUUACUGGCCAUAGAAAUAGAGAAAAGGACUAUCUUUUUGGUGAAGAAUGGCCAAAAAUGAAAGGAUUGAAGGUUAUAGAUAGUUUUUCACGUCAAGGUGGUGGCUACGUUCAGGAUACUAUCUGGAAAAAUAAAGAAAUUGUUGGACAAAUGUUGAAAAGGGGUGCAGGUGUAUACCUCUGUGGGAGUUCCGGUAAGAUGCCAACACAAGUAAGAUUAACAAUCCAACAUGUUCUCCAGGAAAUAUAUGAUUGGGAUUUGGAGCAAGUGAAAGCUGAAUUACUGAAAAUGGAAAAACAAGGAAGGUUUAUUCAAGAGACCUGGUAG